UUUUGGCAGUUGACACUUGCGUAUGAUAAUCUGUGGAUAAAUAAUGUGAUUUGUGAUUGUGGAUGUGAAGUACGUAACUUGCAUAAGAUUUAAGUCCUACAUAAAUCGUUUUAAACUAUAAAAUGACUUUUUCGUUAAGCUUUAAUUACAAAGUUCUUAAAUAUGUGAUGAACUAAUAAACGUUACAGUGAUUAUGCGUCGUUCGCUUGUAUACUUCGUUAUCUGUACCAAUAAUUUGUAAAUAUAGCAAGAGUAAAAUAAAAAAUAAAAAUAAUGGACGAACGAAGAGUGGCUGACUACUUCGUAGUAGCUGGGUUGCCUGAACAACCAGAAGUGCUUGAUGACUCUGACUCUGGCCAUUUGAAAGGCUAUAGUACAAAAGCUCCAAUAACUGACAUAGGUGUUAUAUUCCCCGGUCUCGGCGAAACGGUGCCAAAUGGUUACGAGAUGUUGGAAUUAACGCCUACCGGGUUACCAGCUGACCUGAAUCACGGCUCAAUGCGAUCUCCUGAAUGUUUCCUCUGUAUAAGGAGGGGUCGAGAUAGACCGCCUCUCGUCGAUAUAGGCGUAAUGUACGACGGGAGAGAGAGGCUGAUGGCUGAUGCGGAGAUGGUCCUCGUAUCAGUUGGCGGUCGCUUAGCCAAUAUCAACAAUUCUACCGCGAAAACGUUCAUAACAUAUAGGCGUGCUCACCCUACCGCGCCUUGUAACGCGCUUGUCGUUGUCGACGUGUGCGUUAUAAUCUCGAGUAGGGGGGAAACUCCCCCUCACGCCUUUUGUAUGAUCGCCAAGAAUCUUAAUAAAGGACUAAUGGGAAGCGAUGUGUUCCUUUGCUACAAGAAAUCAAUGAACCGUCCACCGUUAAUAGCUUACAAACCAGAAGUACUAUUUAGGUAUCCAACGGUUGAUCGUCGUAGCUUAGUUUUUCCAACGUCCGUGCCGCUGUUCUGCUUGCCAAUGGGUGCCACACUCGAACUUUGGCCUAACAACGCCUCACAGCCGAAACCCGUGUUCUCCACCUUUGUCCUCACAGUGGCUGAUGCUACUGAUAAGGUAUAUGGUUCGGCGGUGACAUUCUACGAGAGCUACGAUCACACUCGACUGACAGAGUCGCAGGCAGAGCAACUGGGCUGGCGAGUGGGCGCCUCGCAUACUACGCACGCGCUGCACGCCAACAAAUGUAUCUGCCUCCUGUCACGCUGGCCCUUCAGCGAUACCUUCGAGCGUUGGCUGCUCUACAUACUCGAAUUGUCAUGGAGUAAAGAACCCUUAAACAUACCUAUAGAACGCUAUAUAACACACUUGUUAGAAGAAGUUCCGUUUCCAGAGCCGAGAAUAUUAUUGCAGCUUUCCCCGACAAACCCCCACGACCGAGUGAUAGUGACCCGUCGUGAUGAUCAGCCCUUAGUACGCAGUGGAGCGGGCUUCAGACAACUCCUACUAAAUCUUGGCCCCGACAACUGCUUACUAAUCCUAGCGCUGGCUAUCACUGAGCAGAAGAUAUUGAUACAUUCAUUAAGGCCCGACACACUGACAGCUGUGUCUGAGGCAGUUUCGAGUCUGCUGUUUCCGUUCAAAUGGCAGUGUCCAUAUAUACCUCUCUGUCCACUAGGCUUAGCAGAAGUACUUCACGCGCCGCUACCAUACCUAAUAGGCGUUGACUCCAGGUUCUUCGACCUGUACGAGCCGCCUCCCGACGUCACGUGUGUCGACUUAGACACUAAUAAUAUUACUAUAUGUGAAUCCCAACGGCACAUCUCAUUAAAAAUUCUACCGAAGCGACAAGCGAGGACGCUGCGACAAACACUUGAGCAGUUAUUCGCUAAUAUACGCCCCUCUUCGCCCAUCCAUUCUUCGAGCGAGAGUAAAUAUAAUGGUGAACCCACGACAAGCUUAGAUCGAGACUUCCAGAAAAGAAAGAAAGAGCAAACAUUGGAGUUAAAAAUCCAAGAAGCGUUUCUCCGUUUCAUGGCUGUGACACUCCAAGGCUACCGCAGCUACCUCAUACCGAUCACCAAGGCACCCACAGUUGGGACUACGGACCCACAUGCCCUGUUUCACAUGGACGCCUUUUUGAGGUCUAGAGAUAAGACGCACCAGAGGUUCUACGCGCUAAUAAUGCGCACGCAGAUGUUCACUCGCUUCAUCGAGGAGCGGUCGUUCGUGUGCGACGUGGACCAGGGGCUCACGUUCUUUGACGAGUGCAUCGAGCGCGUGGCCGGCAACGAGCCGCUGCUCGCCCUCGACGCGAACAACGCCUCCGAGCGCACGGUCUUCGUGCUACCGCCCGACCCGCCCGACCCCGAGGGUCAGUACACUUACACCAAGUUAGUGCUGGACGAGCGGCUAGCGACGCGCGGCCGCGAGACGCGCUCCCUGCGCGCCGCGCCGCCCGCCGCGCUCGCCUCCGCGGAGUCGCUGGCCGACGCCUCGCCCAUGGCGCGCCGCACCAAGAACGAGAUCGUCGCCGCGCAGCGGUUAGCACGUAAAGCAAGUCUGUCACCCGAGGCGUGGGCCAAAUGUCUUCUCGGCACUUGUUAUUCACUAUACUUCCUUGCCCUGCCGUGUCGCCUAAUACUCUGCCGGGGCAAGGAACACGCGACCCUUCGCAGCGCCUAUGAACUUCUAGAGCGAGCUACUAAACUACGAGUGCCUUGCGACGAGGUGUGCUACAGAGUGAUGAUGCAGCUAUGCGGUAUACACUCGCUGCCAGUACUAGCGGUGCAACUGUUGUUUCUAAUGAAGAGAGCGGGUUUGCAGCCCAAUGCCCUCACAUACGGCUAUUACAACAGAUGCGUGCUCGAAGCGGAGUGGCCGCAAGAUAUGCCAAGCGGGUCGCAGCUGCUGUGGAACAAGCUGCGCGUGGCGGUGCUGGGCGCGGCGCGGUUCCGCCAGGCGGGCGCGCAGCGGGCGGCGCGCGCCGUGCCCAGCGCACCCGCCGGUUCAGGAACGUUGCCCAGAGUACGCACGGUGGGUGGGGAAGGUGCGGAUUUAUCUGCACUAGCAUUGGCUGAACCCACACGAAGUAAAUCUAGUCUCGAUUCCGCGCCGGAGGCGGCGUUCGAGGCGCUCGUGCGGCGCGCCAACAUCGUGCGCGCGGCGGCGCACGCGCGCCACCACCAGCUGUCCGCGACCGCCGGCAUCCUCAUCUCGGGUAUACCGUCCGAUCCCGACUUGUCUAGAACGUCCAGGCCUAGAAGUAAUUCUUUAGGAAACGAAGAGACUGAACCUAUUCCGAUAGCAGAAAAAAGACAGCCGAUCCAUGUAAGCCCAGAGAGCCCGUCAGAUUUAAGGAUUUUGACAAGAUCCGAAAGUUUUGCUGGCGACGCCCAAAUAGUUCAAAACUUACAAAGGCUAUCCUUCUCUAGUACACCGAAUUCUAAACCUCGAUGUUCGAAGACGUUAAGUUUCCCCGAGGAGCCAGAGAAAGAAGCGGCAGCUGUGGAUGAUUCGGAGAGAAUAAAAACAUCGCCACUCAACGCCCGCAGGGUGUGCGCGCGCACGCCGGUGCUGGCGGACGACCCGCUGGGCGCGCUGGCGCCGCCGCCCGCGCCCGCCCCGCCGCCCGCCCCCCGCGCCCGCCCCGCGCCCGCCGCCAGCCCCGCCGCCAGCCCCGGCGCCAGCCCCAAGCUGUUCCACCGCCGCGCCUCCUUCCAGGACGAGCCCGACGACGAGCCGCGCGGGAAACUGCACAGGAGCGAGACCGCGCCCGCCACCGUGUCAUCCGGCCUCGCCAGCUUCUCCAACACGCUCAAGAUAAACUUCGGACGCUUUUCGCCCGCGAGACUGUCAUUGCGCAAGGAAAACAUGAAAAUCAGCAAGGCCAUGAUUGAGAACUACCUCAGCCCUACGAGCAUAGCCGGUAAGAAGUCGAACGAGCUACUACAAAGCGGUCUUAGCAGUCUUAAGUCGGCGGCGACCAGUAUGGCGAAGAAAUUCGAUGAAAUGAAAGAAGUUAUAUCGGCAAACUCGACACCGGUCAAAGGUGCCAUUGGUAACGCAACAAGCGCCCUGACCAGUUUUAUCACUGAGGAGGAUACAGCUGAUAUUUCGUCCGAGUUCAAUCCAGAUGAGUACGCGUCGACGGGUGGCUUCCGGCGGGCGUCCAGUGACGCGGAGCUGGCGUGCAGCAUGGAGCGCGGCUCGCUGGCCACGCUCCUGGCGCACCUGCCGGACAACCUCUACCCCUCCACUCAGGACAACGCGAAGACUACAAAUCCGGCAGUAGAGGUGUAUAUAACUUCGUGCUCGCAGUGCCAUCAGUGUCUGUCCUACCUGUAUGAUGAAGAUAUCAUGGCGGGUUGGGCGGCCGACGACUCCAACCUCAAUACGCGCUGCACCGCGUGCGGACGACACACCGUGCCACUGCUCUCCGCUCAGAUAAUACGAAUAGGACAAACGCAAGCAGAAACGUUGAGCGUGCCUUACUUAAAUCCAUUGGUGCUGAGGAAAGAAUUCGAAUCAAUUUUAGGUAGAGAAGGCGAUUCCUGUCUAGCCGAACCAGAGUUUGUAGAAUCACACCCGAUAGUGUAUUGGAACCUAGUUUGGUUCUUAGAACGUGCCAAUAUCGAGAAUCACCUGCUCGACUUGCUGGAUCCCGACUACUCAGCGAAGUAUCAGAGCUCUGACACAUUGCCCGAUGCGGACAAACCUACUGGCGUGCGGCUGGAGUGCACGUGGGAGGGCGCGCGCGCGGAGGGCGAGGCGCCGGCGCUGUACCGCGCCUGGCGCGGCCGCCAGCAGCCGCGCUCGCGGGCCUUGCGCGCGCUGCUGCUCACCGACCACGACUGCUCCAAGCACCACUCGGUUGUUCUAGCAGUACUGGACGGUCUCUUGAGCAAUGAUCUCUCUGAUGCAAUUCGAAAACUAGCUGCGUGGAGAGAAUCCACUUGCGGAAACAAACGAUACUAUUCCUACUACAGAGACAUCCUGUUCCUGGCGAUGGCGGCGCUGGGCGAGCAGAACAUCGACCUGGUGGCGCUGCAGGGCGAGUACGCGCGCGCGCUGGAGCAGCUGGGCGCCGAGGCGCGCGCGCGCGACCUGCCGCCCUCGCCCACCGCGCUGUGCUGCCGGCACUACUUCAAGCGCCUGCGCCUGCCCGCGCUCGACUAGCGCCGCACUCCGCUGUACACUUGUGUCAGUAACUAGCACGAAUAGCGCCUUCUCCACUCGACUUGUGUCGAUGACUAUUUCCACAUUAUACAUUUCAACUGCAUACUCGUGCUCUGCCGUGCUUAAGUAAAAGGUAACCAUUUUUGUAAAAUGUUAACACCAUUACGUUUAUUUUAUGUAUUUCGUUCAAACAACUCCAAAAAUUUAAACUCAUAUUUUCUAGUUUUGAUAUUAACACUACUGCCUUUUACCUAAGCACAACAGUACUGGCCUCGAGCACCAGAGGGAGCAUUAAAUUCUGCUAAAUUCGUC